CCGGAACUGAUGGUGGUGAGAAAUUUCAACUUCGUCCGUAUGGGGACAUUUGUAACCUAAUUAGAGACCUACAGUUUGCUCAUGCUGAGAUACAUUCUUGUGAUAUUUCUAAUAUGUCGAGUCAGAAAUAUGUAGUGGUUGGUGCCGGUCCUGUCGGGUCGCUUGCCGCGCUGUAUGCGGCAAAGAGAGGUCACGAUGUUGAGAUAUACGAGCUUCGAGGCGAUUUAAGAGAUCCUUCAACAACGCCGCUAAACUUCACCAAGUCUAUUAAUCUAGCUCUAUCUGAAAGGGGUAUCAAUGCUAUGCGACAUGCCGACCAGCAAGAUCUUCUCGACCAUGUAUCAUCAGCGACUAUUCCUAUGCGAGGUAGAAUGAUCCAUGGCAGGCGUCCGUCUGGUGAACUAUUUGAAGAAUCUCAGGAUUAUGAUAUUCACGGAAGGACGAUAUUUGCCGCCGACAGAGCCGAUCUUAAUAGACGACUACUAGAUAUUCUUGGCGCAAUGCCGAAUGUUAAAUUUUUCUUCAACCAUAAACUUACCGGCGCGGAUUUCAAGCGUCGCAAGGCAUGGUUCGAGGUUCGCGGCCAGGACUCGCCGUCGGGUCGACCUGAAGAGAUCGAAGUUUCAUUCGACUUCAUGAUGGGUGCUGACGGGGCGCAUUCGGCCGUACGAUAUCAUCUUAUGAAGUACACUCGAAUGAAUUACCAGCAGGAGUAUGUCGAUACUCUAUGGUGUGAGUUUCAGAUCAAGCCUAAGGAGGGAGAUGAGCUUCACGAUCAAAAGUCAAAAUUCCGAAUAUCUCCAAAUCAUCUUCACAUUUGGCCGGGAAAGCAAUUCAUGUUCAUCGCUAUACCCAGCGAGGAUGGAUCUUUUACCUGUACUCUCUUCCUACCGAGCUCCGAGUUCGCGAAAUUGGAGGGCGACUCGUCCAAACUACCCGCUUUCUUCGAUCAACAUUUUCCAGGCGUAACUUCAUUAAUAGAUCCAGGUGAACUGGCCUCUUCAUUCGAGACGAAUCCGCAUCUCCCUUUAAUCAGCAUUAAGUGCCAGCCUUACCACUACUCUAGUUCUGUUGUCAUAUUAGGGGAUGCAGCGCACGCAAUGGUACCAUUCUACGGUCAGGGUAUGAAUGCUGGGCUCGAGGAUGUCCGUAUUCUCUUUUCUAUUCUAGAUAAGCACGCCACGGCCGAGAAUAACAACCCGGACAGCCCGGGCUCGGUUGACAUAGCCUUUGAAAGAGGAUUGGCCUUAGCAGAAUAUUCGGCCAUUCGCGUUGCUGAUGCCCACGCUAUCAACGACCUGGCUUUACAGAACUACGUCGAGAUGCGCGCCUCGGUCCUAAGCCCGAUUUAUCGUGUCCGUAAGUUCCUAGAAGAGUUCAUGUCUGUCCAUCUGCCAAGUCUGGGAUGGCAAACGAAAUAUUCUCGCGUGAGCUUCGGAAACGAAAGGUAUUCCGAAGUUGUCGCGAAGAGUAACCACCAAGGCAAAGUCCUCAUGCGUGGAUUUAUUGCGAUACUAUGCAGUCCCAUCGUCGCAGGCGUUCUUGGUCUAUAUUGGACUCGACGUCGUUCCCUUGGUGGCGCAUCUCUUCUUGACACAAUUCGUAACCUAAGAAGAUAACUUCAUAGGCUCCAAUCAAUAAGAUAAGGUGUUUCCACAUUGCUUAUAUUAGCCGAGUUAGGAAAUACACCACAUUAAAUGCUUAUGGUCAAUCGACUUUAGGUAGUAGCGAUUUUCUUCAUCCAGUCACGUAGGAGGAUUGAUUUCGGUAAUAGCUAGAGGUAGGUACAUAUAUGCGGGUUUCUUCGUAGGGCCAGGUCGACACCCAUACUUUAUUACAGAUAUUAUCAUGCGUCUGAGGUUGAAGAUGAUAGGGUAUAAGUGCUACGACAAGAGACUACCUCUGUACUAUAGUGAGAAUCUAUCCCCG